GAGUGACCCGGACGUGCAACCGAGGCCCGUUUUUCUGCCUGCAGCCUCCUUCCUGUAGCCCGGUUGAGGAAGUGAAUUUCGCUGACAGGGCUGGGUUCAGUGAGGGUGAGGCGAAAAACAUCUUCCGCGGGGGGGUUAAAAAAAAGCGGACAAGAAACGGCAAAACAACAAGAGCAGCGAGGAGCGACUGGAGGAAUCACAGUGAAGCUACGGUGUACGGCCAUCAGUGAAAUCGUUCUCCCCUUGCCCCGCUGAGACCGCCGCAGACAUGAGUGACCAGCAGCUGGACUGUGCUCUGGACCUGAUGAGGCGUCUACCGCCUCAGCAGAUCGAGAAGAACCUCAGUGACCUCAUUGACCUGGUGCCCAGUCUGUGUGAGGACCUCCUCUCCUCUGUGGACCAGCCUCUGAAGAUUGCCCGGGACAAAGUGGUGGGAAAAGACUACCUGCUUUGUGAUUACAACCGAGACGGCGACUCCUACAGAUCCCCGUGGAGUAAUAAGUACGACCCUCCCAUCGAAGAUGGUGCAAUGCCUUCAAGUCGCCUGAGGAAACUUGAGGUUGAAGCCAACAAUGCCUUUGACCAGUACAGAGAACUGUACUUUGAGGGUGGCGUUUCCUCUGUGUACCUCUGGGACUUGGAUCACGGUUUCGCUGGAGUUAUUCUUAUCAAGAAGGCGGGCGAUGGAUCCAAGAAAAUCAAAGGGUGCUGGGACUCCAUCCAUGUGGUGGAGGUGCAGGAGAAGUCCAGUGGUCGCAGCGCUCACUACAAACUAACCUCCACCGUCAUGCUGUGGCUCCAGACAACCAAGACUGGCUCCGGCACCAUGAACCUGGGCGGCAGCCUCACAAGACAAAUGGAAAAAGACGAAACGGUUGGAGAAUCCUCACCCCACAUCGCCAACAUCGGCCGCCUUGUCGAAGACAUGGAGAACAAGAUCCGCUCCACACUGAAUGAAAUCUACUUUGGGAAGACCAAGGACAUCGUCAACGGCCUAAGGAGUGUUCAGACUCUGGCUGACAAGUCAAAGCAGGAGGCUCUGAGGGUCGACCUGAUGGUGGCACUCAAACGCAAACAACACAAUGAAUAGAGAUGCUACUGUUAUUGUUUCUUUUGUUUUUCUUCCUCCUCAUCUCUCUCUCUCUCUCUCUCUCUCUCUCUCUCUCUCUCUCUGCCUCAUGCCAUGGUUUCUGUUUCUUUGUCCUUUCCCUCCAUGCCUGUUUACGUUGCUGCACUCUUGUUUAUUUGUGGAAAAUACAAAAAGGAGAAAAUGCUUAGCUUUUCAUGUUUUGUUUUCAAUGCGUCUCAUCUGCCAUGAAGCCAUUCACUCCCCCCCCCCCCCCUUUUUCUUUUUUUGUCUCUUCUCUCCCACGUUAUAAAUAUAAUGAUAGUAUUACCACGGUUAAUGAUAAUCUUACAGCGUGAAGGUCAUUGUAUCAUAAUCCCUGACGUUGUCGCAGCCGGCGUGUCCCUCGGACGCGAGCUGUGCUAUAGGUGGCGUAGACGAUGUACAUCAAAUUUUAUUACUUGCACCUAUUUUUGUCAACGACACCCUUGAUAUAUUUGUAUAAAAAUUAUAACUACGUCCACGUACGACUGUCAUUCUUCUUUUUUUUUUGGCCGUUGUAAACGGUGCCAACAGGAGGGGGCGACCUUCGGUGUUUGUUAGGUUUGUUUUCCACUCUGUCUGCAUGCGUGUGAAUCUGUGUGGGAGCCGUCGGGGGUUGCAGUCAGUGAAAAUGUGGACUUAUCAAACGUGAGGACAGACUGUUCUAAUCGACAAGUUAUACCCUCAUCAUCAUCAUCAUCCUCAUCAUCAUCCUCAGCCCUGCACUGUAAAACAUGAGCGUUCGCCCUCUCCUCUGUUUCGGCGUCUUCAACUCUUCUCUCUCCUCACCUACUAUGUCUUUGUUGGGGGUCACAGUUUUUGUCUUUUGUCUCGGUGGAAACAUUUCACUGUUUCCAUUUUGGAGGGGAAUCUUUUAUUGUAUUUUUUUGUUUUGUUUUUAUUUUGUAAAGCUUAUGAUUCAUAUUGUAUUAGAGCCUCCAGCAACAAUAAAAAUGGUGAAAAAUCUCA